GUUCAAGUGCCCUUUAUCUUCAUUCAAUGAGAUAUGUAAUCUCAGAAACAUCUUGCACCAUAAAAUUUGAACCGCGAAGCUAUAUAUGAAGGCAGCAGUUUUACGGCAGGUUUGAAAAGUCGAUCGAACCGAUCAAUACCGAGGAUAUUUGUCAAAAUGCGUGCCUUCAUUUUUCUCUUCGCCUGUUUAUCGCUGUUUGCCUUCGCAUGGGGUAAUAACUUAAUUCUUGGCAGACGUCUGUUUGGUGAUGUUCUUGUCGAAUCUCUACCCAUCUUUAAGCCACCAGUGCCAGGUGUCAGUCACACAGUCACGAUUGACGUAACUGCACCAUCCGGCUACGUGAUCUCAUUCGUCAGUGUAGUCAACCUGAAUGCGAAGGUAAUAAACAUCGUUCCUAUAAAAGGUUAUAUUGGAGAACAGUCGGUCGUCCUGUUGGGCAUUGGAAAACCAGGUUGGCCCCUUCUAAUGGAGGUUACUGCUUACGCUUUUCCUUCUCGAGACGCGAGCGAUUCCACAUCAACUAGUACUACUCCGUUAACGACUAUAAGCAUAUCAACCACAACUGAAUCAACUGGAACAAGCACCACCGAACCAUCCAGCACUGAACCACCCAGCACUGAACCACCUAGCACUGAACCAUCCAGCACUGAACCAUCCAGCACUGAACCAUCUAGCACUGAACCAUCCAGCACUGAACCAUCCAGCACUGAACCAUCCAGCACUGAACCAUCCAGCACUGAACCACCCAGCACUGAACCAUCCAGCACUGAACCACCCAGCACUGAACCAUCCAGUACUGAACCAUCCAGUACUGAGCCAUCCAGCGCUGAACCACCCAGCACUGAACCAUCCAGCACUGAACCAUCCAGUACUGAACCAUCCAGCGCUGAACCAUCCAGCGCUGAACCAUCCAGCACUGAACCACCCAGCACUGAACCAUCCAGCGCUGAACCAUCCAGCGCUGAACCAUCCAGCGCUGAACCAUCCAGCACUGAACCAUCCAGUACUGAGCCAUCCAGCGCUGAACCACCCAGCACUGAACCAUCCAGCACUGAACCAUCCAGCACUGGAUCAACCAGCGCUGAACCAAGCAGCAUUGGAUCUAGCACCAGUGGACCACGCAGCACUGAACCAUCCAGCACUGAACCAUCCAGCACUGAACCAUCCAGCACUGAAGCAUCCAGCACUGAACCAUCCAGCACUGAACCAUCCAGCUCUGAACCAUCCAGCACUGAACCAUCCAGCACUGAACCAUCCAGCACUGAACCAAACAGCACUGAACCAAGCAGCAUUGGAUCUAGCUCUUCUGGACCAACCAGCACGGAACCAUCUAGCACUGGAUCAACCAGCACUAUACCAACCACUUCCGAAUAAACUACCCCUAGACCAAUCAUAUAACCAGCGAGCUAUAACACCAAAUCAAUAAAUAUCUCCACAGCUGGGCCUACUAUUCCAUUUACAUUGGUACCCUGAUAAAAUAUCUGUACCAAUAUUUGCUGGUGGAAAUGUUCUACAUUGAAUCUUGACACGCGACAAUAAGCGGGACAAUGAAAAUUGGCAGUUAGCUGUUACGAUUUUCAACGUACGGUGUUCCGUACAUUUUUCAAUUUCGUGUCAGCCAAGCAAUGUUCGUAUUAACGAUCUGAUAAAAGUGUUUAUAUUACAUUUUAAUAUUUUAUUGCCAGCUUAUUAUUUAAUAAUAAGCCACAUAAUUAUUUAAUUCUGUUAAUUGAUAAA